GGCAGUGUCCUAAUGGUUCCAUUUGUUUGCCCAAUUAUGGUCCCAAUCCUGAUAACAAUUUUACAAAUUUUGACACGUUCUACUGGGCAUUUCUUGCAUCUUUCCGACUUAUGACUCAGGAUUUUUGGGAAGGCUUAUAUCAAAUGGUGCUAAGAACAGCAGGUCCCUGGCAUAUAUGUUUUUUCAUCAUAAUCAUCUUCCUUGGUUCAUUUUAUUUAUUGAAUCUCAUUUUGGCUAUUGUUGCCAUGUCAUAUGAUGAAUUACAAAAAAGAGCUGAAAAGGAAGAGGAAGAUGCGCUUCUGGAAGAAGAAAAAUAUAAUGCAGCUGUAGAACGUAGAAGAUUGUUAGAAGAAGAAAAAGCAGGAGUCGGCGUAGUAAAGAGUUCUUCAGCGUCUUCCUGUGGCUCAUAUGAAUUAUUUGUGGGACAAGAUAAAGGUGCAGAAGAUAAAGAUGCAAGUGUUAAAAGUGUGGAUGGAGAUAGCAUUGGUGAACCAAAAUCACAAAUAAAUGGCAAAGUAAGGAAGGCAAGCCUAAGUCUUCCUGGCUCACCCUUCAAUCCUCGGAGGGGUAGUCGGGGCAGCCAGUUCAGUGUCAGCUGGCGCAACGGACGUCGCUAUGGCGACCGAAAACCCUUGGUCCUCCAGACAUACAUGGACGCUCAAGAGCAUCUUCCCUAUGCAGAUGAUAGUAAGGCAGUGACGCCCAUGUCCGAAGAUGGCGGAAUAGUUAUUCCUGUCUAUACGAACUUGAAUUCUCGUCAUUCCAGUUACACGUCUCACUUAUCUAGGAUAUCGUAUACCUCUCAUUGUGAUAUGUAUAACAGAGGUCUGACAAAGGAAGGUCAGCUCAUAUCACGAUCAAGGAAGCUUCGUGGCCACUACAGUCAGGAUUCUUUGGAUGAUGUGGAAUAUGGUAUAAAACAAAAGCCAUAUGAUAGUCCAUUCAUGGAUCCACAAAGACAAACAGAAUUGGAUAUGAAAGAUGUGAUGGUUUUGAAUGAAAUUAUAGAUCAAGCUGCAGGACGUCAAAGUAGAGAAAGUGGCAGAGUAUUUGUUUAAAACUUUUAUGGAAACAUGGCUUCCCUAACAUCAAAUGUCACUGCUUGCCACUGUUCCUGACUUAAGAAAAAUUAAUAACAUAAAAAUUUACGUUCUUUUUUGUGUUUGAUUUUAUAUUCUAUUGUAUGUUAACUGAAGAAGAUUGUUAAAAAAUGGUCGAAAACAUUUUUAUGUUAUUAAUUUUUAUUUGCUGGAUUAUUAAAGGUGUGUUUUAUUUAUAAUAUACUUAGCCAGUUUAGUUUGUUAUAUAAGUAUCCUGACAUAAGUGAAUUAACUUUGGGUACAUUUUAUAUUCUGUAGCAGGAGUGUUAAGUGACUUUCUUUCCCACCUUGUAUAUAUAUUACUUCAUGUAUUGUUUCAUAAUUAUUUAUUAUUUAUAUUCUAUAUUAUUUUUAUAUUUCCAAAUUUUAAUUUUUUGUGUUUUCUUUUAUUUAAUCCUUCUGUAUUAUAUUUUUUGAACUUGAUAUACAGUAUGUUAUUGAACACAUAAUGUUAUUUUUGAAUAUUCUGUAACUGAGGAAUACCAGUUAAUUCUGAUUGAAAACACUUUUAUUCUAAAACCUCUUGCUUGAAUUUCAAAGACAAUUAAUGACUUAUUGUAGUGAUAAAUAUGUAUAGUUUUGUUUAAAAAAAUCAGAUAUAUAUAUAUAUUAUAUAUAUAAAAACUUGCAAGUCUGAACAAAGUGAUGGAUAAAACUUUACAGGAUAAUCAGUUAUUUAGCUUAGUUUACAGUAAGAAAAUGGUAAUUUUUGACUAUCAGACAGAUGCAUUAACAAGUUGCAGAGAAAAAUCUUUAUUUCAAAGUAUUCAGUUUAAAGUCUAGUUAGCACUAUAGUAAUCCAAUGAUUGCCUAAAUAUUCGGGCUAUAAUAUGGCUGUAAUCAAAUAAUUAAUAAAAAUAAAUUUUGUACUAGAGGUAAGCAUUAGGUGCCAUCUUUUUUCUACAUUAAUAAUUAUAAUUUAAUAAAUAAUUUAGAACUUUAUG